AUGCGUGUUUUUAUUGUUACAGUUGUGAGCGCACUUGGGGCAUUCGCUAGUUCCCAAGUGCCUCGACAGGCGCCACCAGCACCAGCUGUCCCUCUACGCAUCAUGGCGCUGGGCGCCUCUGUCACUUUUGGUACUGGCUCCACUACCGGAAAUAGCUAUCGCAAGGACCUUCAAGACCUUCUAGUGGCAAAGGGAAUGUCUGUUACCUUUGUGGGAACAAGAGCGAAUGGAAACUUCCCCGACAACGCAGUCGAGGCUACUGGAGGUUUCAAAAUCAACCAGAUCGCAGCAUCUGCCGAUAAGGCUGUACCAAUGCUUAAGCCAAACCUCGUACUGGUUGACGCCGGCACAAAUAACUGCAAUAAAGGAGGAGAGGUACCUGAUGCGGGUGCCAACGUUACGGCUAUGAUCAACAAGAUUUACGAGCAGAGCCCUGGGUCUACUGUUAUUCUCACUUCCAUUCUCGCCAACAAGGUGCCGGAGCAGGAUGCAUGCCGCGUCAAAAUCAAUGAGCAGUACAACACGUUAGCAGCGCAGUUUCAGCAGUCUGGCGCAAAGUUUGCCCUUGUAGACAUGCGCAGCCCUGACGCCCCUACACUUAACGAUCUUAACGAUACUAGACAUCCCAACGACGGAGGUUACGUUAAGAUGGCUAACGUCUGGGCCAAGGGAAUCCAAGAAGUCAUGUCAAAGGGGUUUAUUACUGCCCCCCUUUAA